AUGGAUCCUAAAGCGCGUAAGUUGGUGUUUGUAGGCUACUCAAAUGAGCACAAGGCAUAUCUAUUAGAUACGGCAUCGGGCCGGAUCACCAUCAACCGGGAUGUGAAAUUCUUCGAGGUUUGGCGUAUGGACAGUGAAAAUUAUACCAAGCGGAAGCUGAAAGCUACUGAAUCAAUAGUCGAGUUAGAACCGUUUCCGGUACCAGUAGCACCGCGUGAGGCGAUACCUGCAGCUGUACCAGAAGAAGGUCCUUAUAAUGAAGAAGAAGACAUGAACGGGUAUGAAACGGCGGAAGAAUCGUACUAUAAGGAAAAACACAUUCCUGCUCCCGAGGAGGAAGCCCAAUGUGAGAAGCCACGUCGCUCUACGAGAGGAGUAUUGGCAGCCCGUUUCGAUGACUAUUUCGUUGGCAUGGCAACGGUGGACGACGAAACUACAUCGUACAAACAAGCGGACAGCUGUGCGUAG